GAAAGCAUGGAAGCCAUGUUGUCAGAAGCACAGUGUCCCUGUGCUACCCGUCUCUGCAUCUCUGAGUAUGUGCGUUCCUUGCGUGUGUAACUGUAACAAACUUCGGUUGUCCCACGAGCAGCAGGGACUAGCAGCAGGCACAAAGGCCAUCCAGCAUCUAUGUGUAUGUAAAUUGAAAGGGGAAUUAUCGCAUUCAGAACACCCUACCCAGUAUAGACAACCAAAGUCAUUCGGCAUCACUAUUCCCCUGCUCCCCGGUUAUCGCCUUUGGGGUUGUCCAAGUCCAGAUACAUGGAUUCCUGGGGCUCUCAGAUCUAUUGCACCCACUGGGUCGUUCGCCAAGUGCUGUUUUCUGUGCAUAUGUGUAGUGCAUUUCAUAUCUCUCGAAGUGCCUGUACCUGUGUCACUUACACAGCAGCAGCGCAUAUGCAUGUGUAACCUGUGUAUAAAGAGAUCCGGCUUUCUUCCUUUUGUCCUUCCUUUGCCCAAGUCCUUUGGUACUACCAAGUACCGGAAAUUGAGGUAUGUAGAACGUAGAACAACGGGGCAAAGCCUCCUUGAGGUAGAUCGUGUUGUGAUACCUUGCUUCACUUCUUGAAUUUGUGUCUCCCGGAUUUGUGUAAGUCGAGAGAGCGGCUAUAAAUUGACCGGGAGGGUAUCAGACAAAUUUGAUAGUGGUUCCUUUGUAAGGAUGCGUAACCUGAUGCGUGCCAGGUUAGCACAUAUCAAAGCUACUUGGACGCGAGGACCCUCC